AUGGAGCAAUCUGGUCAGAUUGGAGUUGCCUCUGUUAUGCCUUCAGAAGAAAUAAUUUCCAUAUUACUGCUGGAUCUUCAGGUCCAGCAGUGCAGCAGAACAACAUUCAAUCUUGAACAACUUUCAAGAGCUCUUAAACAUUCAAAAAGCCUACCUUCAUCAAGCAGGAACCAGAUUCUCCAUGAACAAGAACAACUCUAUGUGAAAGCAAAUUUUUGUGAAGCAAUUCAACACAUUUACUAUAGACUCUUGGAUGGAUACAAGAAGAUAACCUACAUUCUACAGAAAUGCAAAUACCAGAGACAACCUAAGCAGGCUAUUUUUGCAAGAGAAAUUCUUGAAAAUCUUCUGUCUGAUUCCACUCAACAAAUUGAAAUGCUAAAGCAUGAUACACUUGCUUUCCUCAGAGUGUCAGCCACAAAUGAUACAGUGGACAGUGACCAAAUUUAG